AAGCACAGUCUCUAUAUAGAUAUUUGACCUCUAAUAAUCUCUCUAUCAGAAACCCAUCAUUUUUAGCCCUAUAUAAUGCCUGCUUAGGUAAAUUGUUAGACGCAGCAAAAAAAUACAAAAAAAAAAAAAACCAUGAAAUACAGUGAGAUAACUCACGAUAGCCACCCUCAACACAGGCUGAGAUCUGAGCACUCAGAAUUCCCAUUCAAGUGUGAUGGCUGCAAGGAAGUUGGGAUUGGAUCGCGUUACAAAUGCACCAUGUGUGAUUUUGAUCUCCAUAUGCAAUGUGCCAUCUCCUCUCCCGCAUUCUCCCACUCUUUCUACACCAAAUGUUCCUUCCAAUUCUUAUUCAGACCUCCUGGUGACAAGCCUCGCCUUUGUAACGCGUGCGAAAGGGAGGUCACGGGCUUCCUUUACCAUUGCAAAGACUGUGGAUUUGAUCUUCAUCCUUGUUGUGCAAAGUUGCCUAUGGUUCUUGACGAUGGAGAAAUUAAGCUAUAUCUGUACAAGAAGGUGAGUGCAUCAUGUCAAAAAUGUGGACGUAAAGGCAGGAGUUGGAGUUACAGAUCUUCAUGCAAGAAAUACAAUUUGCAUGUGGCAUGUGUUAAGGACAUGCUCGUGGAGAAUUGGCAAGGGUACUUGGGUGAAAAGAGUGCAAGGAAAUUUGAUACGAGGAUUCCUAGCUUGAAAAAUACACUCCUUACUCAUAACAAGAGCAAAAGUAAGGCCAGGAAAGGUUUGGAGAUGGCUGGAUUGGCCCUCCAGUUUGUUAUAUCGGCGGUACUGGGCGACCCAACAACUGUUCUAGCAGGGGUGAUUGGUACAAUGAUUUCAAAAGCUUGAUGUAAGCAUAUGUUAUGCUUAGAUUAUUAUGUUUUUCCGGUAGACCCUGCAGUAGAAAAUGUACAAGUCCGGUAAUAUGGAUAAAGGAUCCAUGUCCCUCUUAUGUGAAUAAAUACUGUCUCAUCUUUAUUUUCU